CUGGCAACCCUGCAUGAUGAGCGGUGAGGGGUGUGUUUUGAGCUUCGGGUCAAGGAAGGAAAGUGUAGCGGGUUAAACGCAGACGUCUGGCCUGGGGUACGUUUUAAUUAUAUUUUUUGCGUUGAAAGAUGAACCAUGGCCAACCCGCGUCCUGCGUCCUCUGUUGCCGCUCCAAGGAGACGAAGAUAACCGGAACUUUGUCGACAAAAGAGCGGAUCACGGCGCACCAGAACUGCCUGCUCUUCUCGUCCGGCAUUUUCUGCACUAACUCUCCGCAGUUUGACGACCUGUUUGGCUUCUCGGUCAAAGACGUGCAGAGGGAGGUGAAACGAGGAGCCAAACUGUGUUGCAGCCACUGCAGGAGAAAGGGGGCCACGGCAGGGUGCGAGCUGAAGCGCUGCAAGAGGACCUUCCAUUAUCCGUGCGCUGUGGAAGGGGGAGCCCGGACGUUUGAGGAUGACAACUAUGGGAAAUACGGACUGUACUGCAUGGACCACAGUGAUCAGACUGGAAGCGCUGUAAGGAGAACCAAGAACCCCGGUGAAGCCGGAUCAUCCAAGAAGAAAAAAACCAACGGAACUCCUUCAGUUUUCAGACAGUUGUCUUCAUGCAGCAGUGACACGUCCGGUGUUUCACUUUCAUCCACCAAAAGAGAGCUGAGUUUUGAUGACCUGGAAGAAGAGGGCAGUGCGUCCGAGAGGAAAUCAAGAAAAUGGAGAAAGAUAUCUGAGGACUCUAGCCCAGACGAGGGACUAAUCCCCCCAUUGGAGACAGAUUUAGAGGAAAGUAUGAACUCUUUACAGGAGCACGUGUCAGCCGUGCCUCUGCUCAUAAGCAAGGACUCGGAAAAUCCUUCAUGUUCCCCAGCAGGGAUUCAGGUGGAGGAUGUGAGUGCGGUUGCAAAUCGCAACGAGGAUGAAACGCUCAUACAAUCGGAUGCCGAGUCCGAGAGUCUGCUGGCACCGGCGGCGCACAGCCCUGAGCUUCCCUCCAGUCCUGCGCCUCAGCCGGCAGCUGACGAGUGUCUCCAGGUUGAGUGGGUGGAGAAGGAGGUGCAGACAAUUAAGAGAGAACUGGAAGAGAGCAGUCUUGAUCAGUACCCGGACCGAAGUCCCGAAGAACCCGUCAGCAAACGCACCGCCGUUCCCGAUCCUUCCCCGGAGCACUGUCAGCCCGUCAGCCCCCCGCCGAGCUCCAGCUUUGACGCAUUUGUCCCUCAACCCGUCUUCAUCCUCUCCUCUGCAUCCCCGUCUCCCACCGGUCCACCUUCCCCGGACCCUCGCCGGACACCUCCCGCCUCGGAGCAAAAGCCUGACGUCGACUCGGCCAGCUUCUGGAGAAGCUGCAACACGGCUGGAUGUACGCGGGCCAUCUUCUCGGAGUUCACUACAGAGAUGAACAACAUUUCCAGCAGGAUCCAGUGCGAUCAGGCCAGCCAGGAGGAUUAUGACCGUGCACUAUCAGUGAUGAUGGCUUCUGGAAGACUUGCAGACCUUGUUACCAAGCAGGAAGAAGAGCUGGAAAGGAGGCAAAUGGAGCUGCAGAGGGCGUCGGCAGCUCUGAGGGACGUCGCCUCCGCUCUGAGGAGAUGAGUCCAGCCGCUGGUUUAAACGGCACAAGGACCUCUGUGAAGGUGCUCGUCUGGCGUCGAUGAUCUCCCUCUUUUAUUGCACCCAAUUUUAUACCGUAGUAUUUUAAGGUUUUACAUUUGAUAGUUUCCUCAUAUUUAUUCUAUUUUCCAUCUGUAAGCUCACCGUUUUUGUAAAAACAAUGUUUCUAAAUAUGUUAAUUUGAUGUGUUGAUGUUUUUAUCUAUCUUGUUUUUACGAGGUACGAUGUGGGAUUAUUUCAGAGAAAAUAAACAUUUUAACUGUUUUGAA